CCGCCCUCCUCGAAGUCCGGUCAGGCUCGACGCCGGCGUCGACCGUUCAACAAUCCGCCCCCGCUCGACGAGUCGUCCGGCUACGAGUCGUUCGAGCGCUUCCGCUUCCUCUUCUUUUGCUGCUUACCAGAACCCGAGCUCUUCUGCCUGGCAGUCUGCUCCGCUGCCCGACGUGUCUUCGCCGCCGCCUACCCAAGAAAGGCUCUCUCGCAAGUCCUCGCGCGUCUUCGUCGGGUCAAGAUCGUCAUCGCGAUCCUCGCACACGGACCGGACUCGAUCACCGCAGCGGCGCUACUUCCAGCACGUGCGGCAGCUCCCCAAGGGACUUUCGGGACCUCCUAUGCGUCUCUGGACCAAGCGAGCGGUCGCGUGCACUGCAUCCGUGUAUUUGCAAAGGCCAAGAUGCGCGCGGACGGCCACCUUCAUACCGGGCUGCUCACGGAGCUCUUGACGUACAAGCACAUCUCGAAGCAGCCAGCGAACCGCAGGGCGUUUCUCAUGGAGCUGCAGGCCGUGCUCCAGAAUGAGGACAGCGUCCUAUUUGUAAUGCCGCUCAUGCAGAACGACCUGCUUUCCGUUAUCCAGGGUCCCGUGGAUAGCUCGCGAGCCCGAUGGUGGAUCGCCCAAGUGGCCCUCGGGAUCGAUGCGCUGCACGCUAUGGGCAUCAUCCACCGAGACAUCAAGCCCGAGAACGUACUGCUCGAUGCGCACACGAACAUCGUACGUAUCACCGACUUCAACGCUGCGUUCCUGCACCCGGGGGACGCGCCGCUGGAGACGGGCGCGGUCUACACCCGAGAAUACGCUGGCAGCAAACCCUACCUGGCGCCCGAGAUCGUCCGCCGGCAGUGGUACGGCAAGAUGGUGGACUGGUGGUCGCUUGGCUGCAUGAUGUUCGACUUGGUUUCGGGCGAGCUUCUCUUCGGCGACGAGGCGCAGCGGGCGAAGUACGCAAAGUGGGACGCCAAGAAGGAGGGCACGUCUUACUUGCGAUGGGCUGCGGACCUCACGCGCGAUGAGGAGGGCGUCCUCUUGGGGCUGUUACACCUUGCGCCGAACUCUCGGUUCCAGCUGGCGCAGCUGCAGCGCCAUCGGUACUUUGUCGAUGAGAGAGGAUCCAAUGUGUUCCAUGUGCUCGGAGAGCAAAUGCAUGCUUCGCCAGGAAGUAGGUCGCUUCUUAUCGAUGGUCAUCGUAGCUUCGCUCAACGCCGAUUUCUCAAUUACAGCAGCCGCGCUAAGUCUGGAGAAGGCGCCCGAGAUCGGUACCGCGUUGAAAGAGCCCGUUUCCUGCGCAGCAUCGCUGUAUCCUUGUCGGACAGACGAAGGAGGACCGUACGAAUUCCGGGACUUUGCUUGGGCCCAUCCUCGGGGGCCCUGGGGCUCUUCAUGACGCGCAGGCCCGCGUGGUUUGCGCGCUAACUUAUCCAUUAAGCGGACGUUCCGCACCACGCUCCUUCAUUCUUCUUUCCGUCUCCCUGCAUGUCGAGCGCUAUUUUUAUUGUUCUUAUUCGCUACGAAGUCUUAUGAAGGCACUAUAAUAGUGCGAUUUGAUGACGAUAAGCUUCGAUAAUUCAUUUCCCUGG